AUGGAAGGCGAGAAGAGGUAAGGCCCUCCGGCGAGUUGUAUUCUUCCAGGGGGGGAUGACUGGUCUGACCUGCUGCUAUUCUCCGUCGUCGCAGGGCGGAAGAACUCGUCUCCGUCGACGUCCACGAGGCCGCCGAUCUCCUCCGCUCCGGUUGCCGCUACUUGGACGUCAGGUGAAUCACGCAAUCCAUCCAUUCCUGCUUCUCUCUAAUCUCUCUCUGUCCAUCUCUUUAUCUCUCUCUCUCUCUCUGUCUUUCUCUAUCUCUCUAUCUCUUUCAUUCUGAUUGUUUUUGCCGGAGGGAAGGAUGGAAGAGGACUUCCUCAAGGGGCACGUUGAGGGAGCAGUAAACGUCCCCUACUAUUCAGACACUCCCGAAGGUUCUCUCUAUCUCUAUCUCUUUCUCUCUCUGCACUUGAACAUCUCAUCAGCGAUGAUUCGUCGAAAUAACUCCAGGAAGGGUGAAGAAUCCCGGAUUCCUUGAUCAGGUUUCGACACUGGUCACCCGGGACGAGACCUUCAUCGUGGUACCUCCCUCUCUCUCUCUCUUUACUCAUUCUCUCCGUGCAUCUCUCUCUCUCUCUCUCUCUCUCUCUCUCUCUAACUCAUCUCUCUGUGCAUCUCUCUCUCUAUAUAUUAAUGUCCGUCUCUUCUCUCUUGGCUGACCUUAUCGCCGUCAACGUAAACGCCUGGAAGGGUUGCAUGACCGGGAAUCGCUCUAAGCACGCGACAGGCGAUCUGCUCCUCGCGGUAAAACUCCAUUCCACACCCUGGCACUAGCGUAUAUUCACAGACUUACCCCCCCCCGGCCUUAUCGGGUUAAAAUGGGCCCGUUAAUGAGAAGUCAAACUGGGCAACCUCCGGCCCACCGACUAAUAGCGCCUGGUCCAAUGGCAGGGCUUCGUCAACGCCAAGAACAUGAAAGCCGGCUACCGAUCGUGGCUCCAGAAAGACGCGGCGGAGCUGGACAAGACGGCCUAG